CCUGACCACACAGCAAUGAGUGACCCAGGGCCAGCAACGUUUGCAUCUGUUGAACAAGAGAGGGACUACUGGAAGGAACAGGCUGCCAAAUACCAGCAAAGGGCUGAGGAGGCGCAGGAGGAGCUGCAGGAGUUUCAGCAGAUGAGUCGAGACUAUGAGGAGGAGCUGGAGACAGAGCUGAAGCAGUGUGAUGCCCGUUAUCGUGAGCUUCUUACGACCAGCAACAGACUCCGCAUAGAAUUAGAAAACUACAAGGAGAAGUAUGAAACACAGCACUCUGAAGCAGUCAGGCAGAUUUCGACUCUAGAAGGAGACCUGGCAGAGACCACAGCCAUCAAAGACCAACUGCACAAGUAUAUCCGGGAGUUAGAGCAAGCUAACGAUGACCUGGAGAGAGCUAAGAGGGCGACUAUAAUGUCACUUGAGGACUUUGAGCAGAGAAUGAAUCAUGUUAUAGAGAGAAAUGCCUUCCUUGAGAGUGAGCUUGAUGAAAAAGAAAAUCUUCUAGAAUCCGUACAGAGAUUAAAAGAUGAAGCCAGAGAUUUAAGACAUGAACUUGCUGUUCAGCAGAAACAGGAGCGCAAGACCUCAAUCAGCCUUUCUAAAGAUGUAGAGAAGCCAGAGGCCACACUCUCCAGACCCUCCUCUGUUGUUACCUCCGCUCUCCCAUCACUCCAUCCCACACCCUCCAGACCUCCAGGCUCAGGGAGUGCAUUUAAUACCCCCUCAGCUUCCUACGGCAGAAUUGAAGGCCUCACUGGAACUCCUCUCACCACAUCUGCACGUAUAUCUGCCCUUAACAUCGUUGGAGAACUGUUGAGGAAAGUUGGGAACCUUGAAUCAAAGCUGGCAUCAUGCAGAGAGUUACACAUCCAUGAGAAAACACCCAGACGUGCAGCGAUUGGCCAGGGUACACGGAGCGUUUCACGGGAAACCCCUGAAAUCCCAUCCAGCACAAAUGGCUUGUAUGAUAAGGGGAUGGUGAAAAGGUUGGACUUUGGAACAGGACCCAAGAUAAUGCUGUGAAUAAAGCACUAUUCGCUACCAGUGCACAUGCAUAUCUUUUGCUCUCACAUCAUUGGGAAUGCCAGUACUCCUUAUCCAUUAAUGUGGAAAUGCUUUAUUUUCAGGAGCUGAAUCAUAUCUUAUGCCCCAAGUCUUCCACUAUCUGAGAAGGUUCUGCCUUUACAUUCAUAUAUCAUAUCAUAUCAUAUCAUAUCAUAUCAUAUCAUAUAUAAUGUUAUCGUGUCUAUGCUAACGGUUUACCAGCUCUCUCUGGUCUGUGAAAUUAAACCAUUACCUGUUGUUUUACAAUUUUGUUGGAGAUUUGCAUUGUGUUUUGCAGAUUUACUUACUCUUAAAUACACAUACACUGUAUCUUUUUUUUUUUUUUUAAGUGUUGUUUUUAGGUAUCUGGUGAUGUAUACUAGUAUUUAAAUGUAUAAUCUGCACUGUAAUUGUUAUUUGCUCUUUUGGGACCAUAAAUGGGGGGAGACUGUUGCAGGCGACUGAAAGUGGGUCCGUAGAUUUACCCCUGCAGUCCCAUUAUAUUUGGCACUAAACUACUGAUCAGUGUCCAGGGAAAUGUCUACCGCACAUGCUUAUUAUUUUUCACAG